AUGGCGCCGUCCCACGUCCUCAAGUGUUGCCAGAGGGUGUUGGCCUGGGUGCCCGUGGCCUUCAUCGCCCUGGUCGUGGCCUGGUCCUACUACGCCUACGUGGUGGAGCUGUGUGUGUUUACUAUUUCUUCAACUGCAGAAAAAGUUGUCUACCUUGUGGUUUUUCAUCUGUCAUUUUUCAUGUUUGUGUGGUCCUAUUGGAAGACAAUUUUCACAUCUCCUGCAUCCCCAUCUAAUGAGUUCUGCUUGUCAAAAGCUGAUAAAGAACAAUAUGAAAAGGAAGAGAGACCAGAAUCCCAGCAGGAGAUUUUGAGAAGAGCUGCUAAAGACUUGCCUAUCUAUACGACAACAGCAUCGAGAGCAAUCAGAUACUGCGAUCGAUGCCAGCUAAUCAAACCUGACCGCUGCCACCAUUGUUCUGCAUGUGACAUAUGUGUACUAAAAAUGGACCACCACUGUCCAUGGGUGAAUAAUUGUGUGGGAUUUUCUAACUACAAAUUCUUCCUCCUGUUUUUAAUGUAUUCCUUACUGUACUGUCUGUUUGUUGCUGCUACAGUCUUGCAGUACUUCAUAAAGUUUUGGACAAAUGAAUUGCCAGAUACAAUUCCGCAGUUCCACAAUUCCACAAAUGCAAAAUUCCACGUACUGUUCCUUUUCUUUGUGGCAGCCAUGUUCUUCAUCAGCAUACUGUCCCUCUUCAGCUACCACUGCUGGCUAGUUGGCAAAAACAGAUCAACCAUAGAAACAUUUCGUGCACCUACAUUUCGAAAUGGCCCUGAUAAAAAUGGCUUUUCUCUUGGAUGCAGCAAAAAUCUCAGGGAGGUUUUCGGAGAUGAAAAGAAAUAUUGGUUACUCCCUAUCUUUACCAGUUUGGGUGAUGGGUGUAAUUUUCCAACUCGUUUGGUGAUUAUGGAUCCAGAGCAAGUUACUGUCCCAAGCCAAAAUGAACCUGCCAAAAGCUCUGGAUCCAAUCAGUCCUUUCCUACUCGACCACUCAGUGAAUCACAAAAUCGAUUGCUAGCCAGUGACUGUCAGUGGGUGGAAAGUGGCCCUGAAGAGGAAAGUGUUAAAACAGGUUAG